AAGUAAUUAUGAUGAAUAAGAGAGUCAAUGUUCUGCAUGUCGCGAUAGGAUAUCGUAAAUGUAUAGCACACGGCGUGAAAAAAUAUUUAAACGGGUGGUUUUACGUCUACUGCGAGAAUACAAACUUGCAUGGUUUUCGUUACAUAAACUCGAACGGAUCAUUAAUCGAGAAUAUCUUUUGGUUCCUGGUUUGCAUAUCAUCCAUUGUGUUCUGUGUCAUAUUGAUGAUGCGCUUGUGGGCGAAUUAUUCGAAUAAUCCCAUAGUGACGACUAUCUAUACGUCGAAUCCGAUAUGGGACGUCUCUUUUCCGGGAGUCACCAUAUGUAAUAAUAAUAAGGUUUACCGUGCACACGCCGAUCCUAUUGCAAAAUACUUAUACAAGAAUGGAUUCACUGCAAGCGAGAGUGAUAAAUUUUUCUCGUCUCUAAUGAAGCUGAUACGGCCCGAUAAGAUCUCGAUCGACAAUGUGACCGCGAUGGACGUUCUUGAUUAUCUUGAUGUAACAGUCGAAACGCUCAUGGAGCAGUUGAUGCAGCCUUGCAGCGCCUUAUUAUUGAGAUGUGCUUGGAUCGGUAAAAUUCACGAUUGUGGGAAGAUUUUCAAGACGGUCAAAUCCAGAGAGGGUUUCUGUUGCGCUUUCAACUCCCAUUACGAUCUAAACAUCGAACAUUUGUCCUCCAAUAACACGCCUUCUAAUUUUACCAAUUUCAACGAAACCUUCGAUGAUUUGCCGGGUGUGGAUGAAAUUCUGAAAGCGCCUGGAAGCGGCCGUGAUGUGGGACUCGCGGUUGCCUUGAACAUCGAGCCCGACAUGUACAAGGCAACCUCGCGCCCUUACGUAGGGGCUUCAGUUAUGAUACACGAUCCAAUCGAUUUUCCCGACAUCGGUGCACAUCUCGCGUCCGUGCCGCCUGGUCACGUACUGGCGAUAUCCGUUACGGGCACGUCCAUCAGAGCCAUGGAAAGUUUGCGGAACAUCCCUCUACAACAACGUUUGUGCUUCUUCGACAACGAGAUACCAGGCGAGGUACAUUACAGCUAUCAAUCGUGCAUAUCGGAUUGCAUAGCCAAGCUCACGUAUCGUCUAUGUGGCUGUCUUCCGUUUUAUCAUCCGGAGACGCAUGGAAUGAGAACAUGUUUCUUGCCCGAUAUAAAUUGCCUCUUGAAUUUCCGAGAAUCAAGUUCAGAUUUUGGGAAUUGUAGAAAAUGUCUGCCUCAAUGCACUGAUAUGUUAUACAACAUCAGUCCGGAAGAUAUUAAAAUGAACGACAUUGGAUUCGAUUCUGAUUUAACGCACGGUUUGGAUGUAAACAACGUGUCUUUUGUGUACGUAUUUUUCGGUGACAUAUCAUAUGUCGAAUAUCGCAAGGACAGUAUCCUCAGCUGGGAUUCACUCCUCGCAUCCUUCGGCGGUAUCUUUGGUCUCUGCCUCGGUGGUUCCGUGAUGAGCGUAAUAGAGCUGGCUUACCUUUUGACCCGGCACCUAUUCAGAAGACAGCCCCGCAAAAAGCAAGAACAAGUAUCGCGUACAAGUUUGCCACCGGCGUCGGAAGUAUUCCUGUCGAUCCCCAUUAAAGAGAAAAGUCAAUUGCAGGAGCUGCGAGAACAUCAGGGAUCAGAUAACAAACGAAUUCUUCUUACUUGGUAUCAACCGGCUCUUCACUAUCGUAAAGCGGAUCUUGGCAAUGUGCAUCGCAAAAACGUCAAAUUUUAAAGCUUAAAUCCACUUUAAUCGAAUCAAUUAUUAUGACAAAAAUAAGAUUACUAAAAGGUUUUUCUAAUGAUUAAUACAUUUUCAUGAUAAUUUUUUCACGACCGAUAUUUGACUUUCCAAUGACGUUUUGAUGAUCAUUGAUAACUAGCGCUAUUGAAAUCUUUUAAAAUUUAAAAUU